UUGAAUCCCUGUUGAUCAUACGUUCUCUGUGUGGAGUUUGCAUGUUCUCCCCGGGGAAGUGAUUCUCUCUGGGUACUCAGGCUUUCUCCCUCAGUCCAAAGACAUUAACACACAACUGUUAUAUUUUACAGAUAUGGGAGGAGAAGAAUCCAAACCAGCCCCACCCACACCUCCACCUUCCCCUUGUUUAAGACAGCCAUGGAGGACUCUGCCGACGAGGACUGAGGACAAUCUCAACUUCAUGAAAUCUUACCAACCUCGAAACCAAGGAGCCAGACAUCUCAGGAUUCUGCUUCAUGGACCGGUCGGUGCCGGCAAGUCCAAUUUCAUAAACCCUGUUGAAAGUGCUUUGAGAGGCGUUGUCACAGGUCGAGCUGAGACGGAUGCGACCUCUGGGAGCAGCUUCACCCUAAAGUUUUGUACUGAUAGCCCACUGACAAAGGACGACCCAGGCUACAAAUCCAACCCCUCUCUGGAUGACAAAGUCCACGUGCUGCUCUAUGUGGUUCCUGUGGAAAAAUUCAGCAAGACGGUGGGAAUUCCCAUCAAGUCCAUCUUUCUGGUGAAGAACUAA